AUACUAGAGACAUCUGGUUAUUGGCUUUCGGUUGUCAAGCAUUCUUUGAUAAAUUUUUUUUGAGUGAUAUCUUUUAUAUUUUAUCACAUAGAAUUGUUUUCUUCAACAACCUUUCUAAAUAUGAGUCAGGGAAUAGUGAUAGCUCUAAAAAGUUUAAAUAUCACCAAUUACCAAAUAUAUGAAAAGACGGCAGCUCUUGUGGUUUUCAAUUAUAAGAAACUACUGAGCGAAAAAUCGAUUUUGCUUUAUGAUGCUGUCUCACCUGAGCUUUCAAAAGCUCAUACAGUUUUCAUACGUUGCAGAACAACAAUUCGGUUCCAAACCUCGUCGCAGAAUGGAAAACCGGUCAUACUCUGGGAUAAGCCUGAAGUAAACUCAGAAAAGAAAAAAUUUGGUUACAAGGCUAAAACUAAUCGAAUACCUCUGCGCUCAAAAAAAUUCGAAGAUGAUAAAGCUAAAUUAAAACCUCCAAGACCCAUCUCGAAGAGUAAUGGAUCCGAAAGAAAGACAACUAUCAAACAACAACAACAACAUCAACAACAACAACAACAAGUCAUGAAGGGUUCAGUGACCUUAUCUCAAAAACAGUUAGACGCUAUCCUGACAACGAUUGGAACGUUAACUGAAGAAAAUGCAAAACUACAAGUAGCCCUUGAAACUGAACCAGCUAGCAAGGAAGAAAAGUCAGCAGCUCUGCCGCUUCCUGAGUCAACAAUUCCACCUCCAUCAGUUGCUGAAACUACGAUAAAUAGUACUCAUACAAAAGAAUAUGAAGACGUGCAAACAAAAGGAAAUAUAAUCCAAAAUGAAACUCCAAAACCGCCUUUAGCAAUUCCGAAAGCUCAUAUGACUUUGGCGGAGAAAAAACGCUUAGAAUGGGAAAAGGAAAAAGAUCAAGCAAACUCUAAUUGGGAUCCCUGGGGAAGGCCAGGUUGCGGCGCAAAAAAUGCAACAGUUAAUACUAAUCCAAUAAGAAACAAUACCCCUCCUGCUUCCAGGACAGGUGCUGAACGCAUUCACGUUAAUCCGACCAGCGUACCUGGUCUUGAAUCUGCCUCACCCUCUGUCCCACAAUCUCGAUCGCAACCAAAUUUAAGUUCUAAUCGAGGUACUACUACUACUCCAAAUCAAGUUGCUCCAGCAGCAAUUAGGAGUUCGUUUGUUAUCGGUGGUGCUGCGCCAGAUGAAAGUCGUUUUGACAGAACUAAAGAGCAAGAAAAGAAACUAUGGCUAGAGGAACUAAAUAUGCAGAGAGAAGAGCAACGUCGAAAGAAAGAAAUGGAGAGAAAAUUAAAGAACAGUGAUGAACCAACGUGGGCAGAGCCGAGAAAAAGCGUGUCGAAUACAGAUCAAACUACAGGCUAUGUUCUCAAUUCGUAUACAAGCCCUCCUAGUAAUACAGAACACUCUUACCUAAGGGGAGCAAACGUUCACUUAGAUGAGGUCACUAAGCGGGAAAUGGAUGAAAAGAGAAGACGACACCUUGAGCAUCAGGAAGCCAUAAAAGCGCAAGUAGAGGAGAAAUUAAGGAAGAAACAAGAAGAGAAAGAUCGUCAAAUGAGAGAAGAAAUGGAAAUAGAGAAAAAGUUAGCAGAAGAGAGAGAUGCUUUGAAAAAGCAACAAGAAUCAGAGCAGAUGAAAGCACGGACGGCAGCCCAACAACAGGCGGAGCGUAUCAGACAAUUAGAAGAAGCUAUGAAAGACGCUGCUACAGCUGCAGAAAGAGAUAAACGCGAAAAGAGAUUAAAGAAAUUGCAGAGAUCUGGUCACGAUACUGCAAGAUUGAGUGAUGCCUAUGCAACUGAGAGGUCAGAUGAAAUCGAUUUUCCUAAAGAUAUUGAAGAACCGAAAGCUUUCGAUUUACCCCCUGCGACCAGUAGAUCAAGAGAAUUUGGUGUUCAAGCUAAUUUAAAUGUAGCUGAUAAUGAUAGCGAUGAUGUUCAAAUUGAAUAUAAGGCCCUACCUACUCCCCCCAUUAAAGUUGUUCCAAAGCCGAAAGAAAAUACAAAUGACAGAAGACGAGUUACUAAACAGAGUGAAAAAGCUCAAAGACCAACGCAACAAAGACCACCCCCAAGAAAUAAUCCUCGCAAUAAAACAAGAGACAAUCACCCAAAAAGGGAAUUGGUUAGUAAAAAACCGUCUCCUCCACAAGUUAGGUCAGUUAAACCUAAAUCUCCACCCGUUCCGUCCGUUCAUAAUCGAAAGAAGACACCGCCCGUUAUGGAUGCUCCAAACGAAUUUGUUCCAUUUAUUAGAUCAGUGAAUGUCCUCGAUCCUUCGGUUGCCGAAGACCCUUUACCAGUGUCAAGGGAACAAUCAAGCGUAGUAAGAGGUCGAAAAGCUUACAAAGAGGGUCAACAGCCGGCAAAAUACGGUACAGAAAUGUUGAACCGAGACGACCCAAUUUUUAAUCCAGGAUUAGUAAAAGAUAACCCCACAUUGAGACAAUCUCGUAUCUUACAGCAUCUAUCUGAUCUACGCAGAGGUCUAUUGUUAAAGCAAAGAGAAGCGGAAGUUGCUAUGCCUAGUGUUGAUAGUUAA